AUGGCUAAUUCAAGCUCUAUGGAAUCGAAUGACGAUCAAGAAAAUAACAAUUACAGUGAUGUUGAAGAUCAAACUGAUAAUUUCGUUGACAAAAGUAAAGGAUUUCACGAGGCAGAAGAUUCUGAGCUAUUGUAUUCAAAGGUAAAGAGUGAACAGGAGGCCUACACGUUGUAUAAUGAUUAUGCGUUUAGGCAGGGGUUUGGAACUCGGAAGGCGGGUGCAAGGCUAGUAUUCAAUUUGAUGUCGAUAAAAAACGGGUCUCUUUAUUGUGUUACCAAGCACAAUAUGAUUCAUAAUCAUGGAAGAGUUCCAGUUAGCAAAAGACAUUUGAUAAGGUCUCAUAGGAAAGUAACGGAAGAACAAUUGGCUAUGCUUAGCUCCUUGAAAAAGUAUGGUGUCCCGAUUGCUGAUGUUGUACGGGUGUUCAAAAAUAAAGCCGGUGGGGAAGCCAACCUUGAGUUCCUUAAGAGGGAUGCAUAUGAUGCAUUAGCUGCUAAAAAAAGGGACGGUUGUGAUACAAAGCAGUUGAUAAAGUAUUUCAAGGACAGGCAAGCUAACGAGGUGGACUUCUAUUAUGAUUUUGAGUUUGAUGAUGAAGGCUAUCUUGAUUGUUUUUUCUUUCGAGACGGUAAAAUGAAGAUUGAUUAUGAUGUGUUUGGAGACCUUUUGGUGCACGACACGACAUAUCGUACCAAUAAAUAUGACAUGAUAUGUGGUCCUUUUGUUGGGAUGAACCAUCACAACAAGAAUGUUAUAUUUGCUAUUGGUUUUAUCGUGAAUGAGAAAUGA